AAUGUCAGCCUGCACUGCCCAGAAUCAGGAGUUGCAGAGAAAAGUCUUGCAUCUCGAGAAGCAAAAUCUGUCGCUCUUAGAGCAGCUGAAGAAACUCCAGGCCAUCGUUGUCCAGUCCACCAGCAAGUCGGCCCAGACGGGCACCUGCAUAGCAGUCCUGCUGCUGUCCUUUGCCCUUAUCAUCCUGCCCUCCAUCAGCCCUUUCGCCGCCAACAAAGCCGAGAGCCCCGGGGACUUCACACCCGUGCGAGUCUUCUCCAGAACUCUGCACAACGAUGCUGCAUCCCGCGUGGCCCCCGACGCCAUGCCAGGCUCCGAGGCCCCGGGACCCUGGCCCGAGGCUGGCACACCCCACGAAAAGCCUCCAGGCAGCCCCGGGUUGGACUGGGGCUUUCGGGACACACCGGACCUGGGCAAUUCGACGGGGGAGCUGGACAACUCGACCCUGAUCCUGGGCAACAUGACGGAGAAGCUGGGCCGAGCCACCCUGCUGGACUGGGUGGCACCCGAGCCAGUGCUCAGCCCGAAACGUGCUGGGAUGGAGGCGGCGGGGGACGAGCUAGCACUGUUCGGGCUCGGAGGCGGAGUGGAGUGGGUGCGGCGGGGGCUGAAGCGGAGUCUAGGCCUCCCCACACUCUGCCUGGGCGGGGGGAGCGAGGUGCGGGGUCCCCAUCCCCGGGCGGGAGCCGCGGCCGCCGAGACGCCGCUUCAGCACCUUGGAGAGCGGCGGGGCGGAGCGCCGGGCGCGCCUGGAGCGCGAGGUCCUGGCGGACUUGGGGGACCCGGGAGGCCCUUUAAAGGUGUCUUCAGAGGAACUGAGGCAGCUGCCUUCCGCGGGGGCCGGGAUACCCAUCCUGCUCGGUUUAAGGAUGAGGAAACGGAGGCCUUGGAAGUGGAGUCACGGCCCAAGGUCACAGCUGGGGAGGGACGGAACCGGUUGCACCUGCGCUCCCCCUAA